AUGGGGAAAUUGACUUGUCUUCAGACCCUACAGUAUUUCGAGGUGGGUAUAGAGCAAGGUCGUCGAUUAGUAGAAUUAGGUCGUUUGGAAAACCUUAGAGGUGAAUUGACAAUCAGAGGUCUCCAAUUAGUUGGUAAUAAGGAAGAAGCUCAAACAACAUAUCUACAGGAGAAACCAAACAUCUACAGAAUGGCAUAUUUAUGGUCCCAUGAUGAACCAGAAGGAUGUGAGACUAAUGAUAAGCAUGUAAAAAUUCCAUUGCUUGGCCAACUGAAAUUCCUUCGGCAUCUUGAGCUGGUAGGGUUCCAUAAGGUGGAGUGUAUUGGAACUACAUUUUAUGCGAUUGAUGGUAACAAUAAAGGAAAUAUCCAAGUGUUCCCGUCAUUGAAAGAACUAGUAUUGGAGGAUAUGCCUAGCCUUAUUGAGUGGAAGGGAGUGGAAUUGAUACCAACAACAAAUGGUGGUAGAGAUGAAGUAAUUGGAGUAAGAAUGUUCCCUGGGCUUGAGAAGUUGAGGAUUACAAAGUGUCCAUUGCUAAAAAGUACUCCAAAUCAAUUUGAAAUCCUACGUGAAUUAAUAAUUGAAGGAGUUGACAGUGGAGUGCCAUUGUUGAACUUGUGCAGCAACUUGACAUCUCUAGUAAAACUUUAUCUCAGUGAUGUGAAAGAGCUCACUUGUCUUCCAGAUGAAAUUCUACACAAUAAUGUUUCUCUUCAAUUCCUGUCAGUCUCAGACUGUGGAGAGUUUCGUGAAUUUCCACAAAGCUUGUACAAUCUCCAUUCUCUUAAGAGCUUAGAAAUAUCCUUCUGCACCAAUUUCAGUUCCUUUCCUGUUCCAAGUGGAGAGAAUUAUUGGACUUCCCUUCAAAGUCUUCAGUUAUUUGUUGUGAUGAACUGA